AUGGCGCUGACCAUAAUGACUCGGAGGGUGACAGAACUAGUAGAGGCCACUGGUGUGGCUGAGUUCGGUGAUGGCAUGGCAGCCUUGGCUGCUCCCACCAUAGGGGCGGGGGGCGCCACUGCCGACCGCUCGCUGUGCGCGGGCCGGACAAGUGGCGGAGGCCGAUUAUCCCCGAAGAAGCUGUCGUACGCCUUGGAGACAGAAAAGAAUCACCAGAGGCAGCUCCUUUUGGAAUCCUGGCACAUCCACAAGACUCCGAGGAACAUCAAUGAUGCCCAGGAGAGAGCUCCACUACUAAGCUUCACCAUCGAAGUACACGCCAUCAGCGACUACAAUCACACUACCCAUUUUGGGAAUCAAACAGAAGCGCACAUCGAAUACUUGAUGGCUUUCUGGAACUCGGUCAGUCUACGAACGCAGCAGCUUAAUCCUCCUGGGUUCAUAGCACUCACUGCCAUCGAGAUGUUCUCAACUGCAACAGAACCUUAUCUGACGCAGCGGCCCGAUGGCAAACUCGUCUCGAAUGAAACCCUAUUGAAGUUGCAGCAAUAUACUUGGAGCAAACGUUCAGUGCGGAUGGCAGACGCAGUCUUCCUGAUUACCGCACGAGACAUAGUGGACCUAAUCCCGGGAGGCGUAAGCACCGAUGCCGCAGGUGAGAAUGGCGAAGUUGCACAUUGA